ACCAAAAUAGUGGAUGAAGAGAAAAAUGCGAACGAACAAGAAUUUAACUUUGAAAAAGCUCGUCUGGAAGUGCACAAGUUUGGAAUCACUGGCUACAAGAAGCAGGAACAGCGCGUAUGGGAACAGGAGCGUGCUAUCAUGCUGGGAGCCAAGCCCCCCAAAAAGGAACACGUGAACUACAAGACUUACCAAGAGAAAAUGAAAGAGAAAACAGCAAAGGAUGAUGAAAAGGGAAAGGAACAUAAAGGUGAUUCUCUUAAGAAGAAGAAGAAGAAAGAUCAGAAGGAGAGGAAGGCCAAAAGGAAGAAAUCUGUUCCUAGCAUUUGGCCUGCAGGACAAGUUGGAAAAUUCAGAGAUGGGACCUUGAUUCUGCAAAGCUAUGACAUAAAGAAAAUUAAAUCAUCUAAAGUUAUCAAAUGA